AUGUCUGAAGGACCUCCCUUGAAGCCGCUUCAAUCUGCACGCCCUGUGUCUCAAGUACAUCUGUCACCUGGGUCUGCAGAAGAAGCUAUUGCAUCUAUCCGAGCUUUUGGUAUCAGCCUCCCACAGGCUGCUGGAACCCAAACAGCUCAGACAUCAACUACUCCCCCGCUACCUACUGUCCCCGUCACUGAACAGUCUCAACAACCUCAGACGGGUGCCACCCCUGCCAAGAAGCCCAGAAGAAGACAGCCUAAGAAGGCUCAAGCACAGGCCUCAACCUCUCAGUUGUCUAUUCCACAGGGAUCCCAACAGGUUCAGCAACCUCAAGCCGAAGCACCCCCUUCUCAGAAGGCCAAGCAGCCGAGAAAGUCUCGGAAGCGAACUAUCGACAGUGUCUCUCCCUCAGCUUCCCAGGAGGGCCCUGCUACCAAGAAGCCCGCUCUGCAAGCAUCUCAGCCUACUCAACCUGAGAUCCAAGCCCUUCCUUCUACAGUCGCUCUACAGGCAUCUCAACAGGUUCAGCAACCUCAAGCCGAAGCACCCCCUUCUCAAAAGGCCAAGCAGCCGAGAAAGUCUCGGAAGCGAACUAUCGACAGUGUCUCUCCCUCAGCUUCCCAGGAGGGCCCUGUUACCAAGAAGCCCGCUCUGCAGGUUUCUCAGCCUGCUCAACCCCAUAUCCAAGCACCCCCUUCUGCGGUUGCACAGGCAUCUCAGCCUACUCAACCUGAGAUCGAAGCAUCUCCUCCUACGGUUGCCCCACAGGCAUAUCAGCCUAGUCAGCCUGAGAUCGAAGCAUCUUCUUCUACGGUUGACCUACAGGCAUCUCAGUCUACUCAGUCUGGAACCCAAGCACCUCCAUCUACGAUCGAUCUACCGCCACAUCAGCCGGCUCAACAACUUCAGUUCCAGGCACCCCGUACUGAUCCCAUCCCUGGUGCAUGGUGGGAGAUCGAUGGUUUCUCUGAGGCGUUCAAGCAAUACCACAGAAACCAAUACGGAAAAGAAGGCACUCUUAAACCGGUUGUUGUCCAGGGAAUUAUUAACCUGGUUGUCAUCGAAUACAAUAGAAUCCAAGCUGCUCGACAAGCUGCUGAAAGCCAGGGUGCUGCCAACUCAACUGCGCCUGAACAAGAGACAGAUCCAGUAUCUGCCAGCGUUCUAGGUCUUGUGAACCUGUCCGGCGGCUCAUCUUCUGAGAUGGGCACGGAUAAUCAACAGACAGCCAUUGACCUUCCGAUUGACCCCCAGCUUCUGGCGGAGUAUGACGCUAGCUCUAUGGACCCUCGUACUCACACAAUACACAUCGGGGGUGUCAAGCUCAGCCAAGUUGGCUUGGGUCCCGAUCCAGCUCUUCCCAAGGACGAGGUUGAUGGUCGCUUUGAGAUGAUUGAAGACGAGCUCAAGAAUCAGACACAUCUUGACAACAUUCCCAUCCCCAAAGCCUCAGAGCUUGCUAAACAGCCUCCCAAGGAAUUUGUUGGUAGUACCUACUUGAUGCCGCCCGGAGUCAAAGACGCUCGUCUGCAGGAAGUCCUAAAUAAGAGGAACAAUGUUAUCCUCAACAAACAGAAGAAGGUCGAUCUUAGCCGCAACAACUUAGCUGCAAAGGGAACCCGUGAGCGACGAGAAGAGAAAGAGAAGAACUACAAGAGUAUCAUUGCCAACUUACAAACCCAAAUGAACUGGUGGCGCCUCAAGGCUAUCUCCCUUGGCGCCAACGCUGGAGAAUGGAACGCCAUCUCGGAGGAGAACAAGAACACAAUGUUGAGAGAUAUGGAGGAAAAAGUGUGCCAAGCCGAACUAGCUCAAUCGAUGCACAUUAAGAAAGACAAAGGAUUAGAACAUUCGAAUCGAAAUUCAACAAACGCACGACUGUCGAAACAGGACGCGGCGAAGAAGGAGAGAGAGGUUCAAGCAAUCAUUGCUGCCAUCGAGGCCAAAGAUCGUGAAAGACAAGAAGCACAGUCUGAGGGUCAAAAACUCCCUGAGAUGGAUCUCAAGGAGUUCAUUGACAUGAUCUUUCCUGACGAUGUAAUCCAUGUCGAUACCACUACCGCUGCCGGUGUGACGACUGGUGACACGGCCGAAGCCCCUACUUCGAUCAACUACAACCAAAACGACAGUAUCCAAGCCAACACAAGUGGCCCCAUCAACAUCAAUGGUGUUCCAGUUGAGCCUACAGCCAAUAUCGGUGAAAGUGCCGAUGCUGGAGGCACAAUCGAACAUGUCAACACUACUGAUGUCAACAAUACUAUGGAUGUUGGCACUCCUAUCAACAACAACAACAGUUCUAUGGAUCUUAACGAUACUAUGGAUGGAAACGCUCUGAAAAUGGAUGAAGGCGCUCUGAACACUGACAACAUGGUUAGUGGACACGCCAUAAACAACAGUUCACUUCCUCCAAACAACUGGGCCUAUCAGGCAUACGCUCAGACCGACAACGCCCCUAAUAUGUCUAUUGACUUUCAAGGGGCUCCUCUCAACAACUAUGGCAUGCAGGAAAACAACAUGCUGAGCAACGGCAUGCUCAACAACGGCAUGCAGAACUGGGUUCCUGGCGGGACUGUGAUGGGUGACGAAUUCCAGGGCGAUGCCUUGAGCAACUUUGACCCUCAAAGCAAUGACUUCCUCAGCUUGGAGCCUCAGGAUAAUGGGUUUAUUCAGAGCAAUCCCCAGGACAUUCUCUUUGAUACCGAUGAUAUGCAGGGCAUUAACAUCAACGCCAAUGGUUUUCAAAGAAUCACCGCUCUCGACGACUGCACUCAGGGCAGUACCUCUCUCGACUAUCCCAUGAUUGACAACACCCCUCUUGACACCAGCCUUUACGGCAAUGCCUCUCUCGGCAACAGUACUCAGUGCAGUACCUCCCUCGACUACAGUGUUCAGGGUGAUGUCAAUUUUGACACCAGCUUUUUGAGCAAUGCCUCUAUCGACAGCGGUAGUCAGAACAAUGCUUCUUUUGACAUCAACUUUCAAGACAAUGCCCCUGUCAACUACGGACCCCAGGGCAGUCUCCCUACUAACAACGGUAUUUACGAUGCCGCCCCCUACAACAAUUUGAUCCAGGACAAUGCCUCCAGCAGCACUAAUCCUCAGGGCAAUGACAACGCCACGAUCAGACAGAAGCCCAAUAGAGUCACCAAGGCCACUAAGCCUAGCCGGGCCAGCAAGAGCAAUGGCCGUAACGUCAAGAAGCCCGAGACCGUUAGACGUGAGUUCACCGCAGCCGAUCUCCCUAGAGUUGCAAACCCAACCCCACACAACGCCUUCAACCCAGCCGUGCUUGCACGCGCUAGACUUGACCACAUCGAUCACGCAGACCCUUACGCCUUUGGCGGACGGCCUCCUAGUGCCAGCCAACAGAUCAUCACUCCUCGGGCUCGCGACUUCGUAAACGACAAAUACCUGACCUUCGAGAACUCUUUCACAGCCGAGGGCAACCAGAGUCUCUUCACCGCACAUUAUGAGGAUCUCCCUUCCGAUGAUUAA